CUAACGAUGUGUCAUCAGCACAUCAGAUCCAGGGUGGGAACUGCAAAUAUUGGGAAAAAUAAGAGUAACAGAGUUGUAUUAUUAUUUCUGUAGAGGACCGUUUGAGACGAGUAAGUGAUAUUGUGUUUGUAAAUAAGCUGUCACAAAGUUAACACGAUAGCGGGACUUGCAAACAGACUCGCUACGCUGAUCUUCCACAACUGCACCAUUAGCAAAGAGGCUAACUGGCUGAUUCCCAGUACGCUCGGGUGCUGACGGGACGGGAGAGAGAUGUCCUGCAGCUUAUUGGAGUUUUGUCGGCUCCAAGAGCUCAGAACGGUCCGGGACUACUUGUUCCACAACCAGAAAACCGAGCCAGCGGAGGAGAAGGAUCAAACAGCAGAUAAUCAGCUGUCUUGGGACACAUCUGACUGGGAGUCAGCAUGGGAUAGUGGUGACAACAAAGAGGAGGAAGCCACUUCUUCCUCAACGGUGGAGGAAGAGGCCGUGGGGCAGAGUGCACCCUGGCUGCAGGACUGUGUUGUGUCCCUGUCGCCCUGCUCUGAUCUGUUAGUGGUGGCCCGUGAACACAAGGCAGUCUUUCUUUCAGCUAAAUGGCGUACAGAUGACAGUGGCAGAGAGGAGAUGACUCUGGCUGUGUCUUGGACUGGAACCCUCAGUACUGAAGAAGGAGAGUGUGUAAGCAGCUCCGUCUGUAUCCCCCUGGCAAGCCAAAAGAGGAGCUCCACAGGGCGGCCUGACUGGACCUGUGUAGUAGUGGGUUUCACCUCUGGCUAUGUCCGUUUCUACACAGAGAAUGGGGUUCUGCUCCUGGCCCAGCUGCUACAUGAGGACCCUGUAUUGAGACUCAAGUGUCGCACAUAUGAGAUUCCUCGUCAUCCUGGAGUAACAGAGCAGCAUGAGGAGUUGAGCAUCCUCUACCCUGCUGCUAUGGUCACCAUCGACGGCUUCAGCCUCUUUCAGUCUCUGCGUGCCUGUAGGAACCAGGUGGCACGAGCCGCAGCAGCAGGUAGUGACGUGAUCCAGCCUCCUCCCCUGGCCUAUAAGAAGUGGGGUCUGCAGGACAUGGACACCAUUGUGGAUCACAGUAGUGUGGGCGUCAUGACGCUGUGUGUGUUUGACCAGAUGAAGAACGCAUCUAUCCUGGGGGGGUUUAACGCUUCCGUAAAGGGCAGCCCCCCUGCCAUGAGCCAGUACGUCACUGUGGGAGGAGGGCCUUACACAGGCUUUUACUAUGCUGUAGAGGGAAGCUCCCAGCCUCUUCUCUCUCAUGUGGCUCUGGCUGUGGCUAGUAAACUCACCUCAGCCCUCUUCAGUGCUGCCAGUGGGUGGCUCGGGUGGAACAAGAACAAGAAUGAAGAGGAGGCUGUUCAGAAACAGAAGCCUAAGGUGGAGCCUGCGACGCCCUUAGGAAUCAGAUUUGGUCUCCCAGACUCUCGUCGCCACGGAGAGUCCAUCUGUCUGUCCCCCUGCAACACGCUGGCUGGGGUGACGGAUGACUUUGGUCGAGUGACAUUGUUGGACCUGGCCAGGGGCAUUGCCAUCCGCAUGUGGAAAGGUUACCGUGACGCUCAGCUGGGUUGGCUGCAGGUUCCAGAGGAGCGAGGUGAUCGGGAGUUCUCCCCCUCUGCCUCCCUCCCCAGACGGCACGCUCUGUUCCUGGUCAUCUACGCCCCCCGCAGGGGAAUCCUGGAGGUGUGGGGGAUGCAGCAGGGGCCUCGAGUUGGAGCUUUCACUGUGGGUAAACACUGCAGGUUGCUGUAUGCUGGCUACCGUCUGAUGGGGGUGAACAGUGUGACCAGUCAGGGCUGGCAGCUCCACACCCAGCAGGUGUGUCUGCUGGAUCCCAUCACAGGAGCACUGAGGACAGUGAACAUCCCCUUUCACCUGGCCCUCAGUGACAAGAAGAGCGAGCGAGCCAAAGAUAUGCACCUGUUAAAGAGAUUGACUACCAUACUAAAGAGCAGAGACCUGGAGCCUGAUAUUUUGGAGAGCGAAGCCAAAAGUGCGCUGCUGGACAUUAAACACCCUGCCAUUAAGAAGCAGGCUCUGGAGUCUCUGCUUUCCAAUAAGAACGCUCCUGUGUCUUGUCUGACUAACAUCACAUGCACCUUGUACGACGCUCUAAAGCAACAAGACCCUGAGGAAGUGGAUACAGCUUUACUGCAGCUGUGCUUUUCACAGCUCAAGCUGCUUCAGCUCUACACUGACAUCCAGCAGCUGCACUCUGCUGCAGACGUAGAGGCCUCCUCUGAAAAUCAGGAUUCCCUGGAAGGCUUGAGGGAUGAAUUGUCCCGUGUCGGCCCCACCCUGCAACGCUACGCUCAGCUCACCUCGAGACCCAGUGUUUCUUUUGCCCAGGACUCACCUGACUCACCCCUGCCUGCCCAAGCCUUUCUCUCCCAGAUGGAGUGCACCGAGGAAGGGGAACUGAAGGUGAUCCGAGGGGCUGAAACUGAAUGGAACCAGCUAGGGAACUUUCUGUUCUGGGGUUGUCUGUGUGGAAAAAGCCCAAUCCAUAAAGUGUGUGACACGCUACAGCAGGCUGGCAUCAGUCCACAGCAGCUACUGUCUUUGCUGUUGAACGUGUGGUUGCAAAGGGAGAAGGAGGUGCUGCAGAAAUCAGAGGAAAUUGUUAGAAACCUACACACACUGCUCAUCGCCCUUAGCAACAUGAAAGGUGCAGUUGAGGAGUCAUGGGACCCCCAGUCUAUCUCCCCCUGGUGGCAGCAAGUUCGCUCCACAUGUAUCCAGUCCCACAACGCUGCCGCUGCUCUGCUGGCGGCCUUCGUCGCUCACCGUGCCGUGAAGGCUAGCAUCACCAGCCAGGCUGACAGCAAGUUGCAGUCAGAAUGGGAGGCGGUGUCCCUGGAGCUGGAGCAGUGGGUGGUUUGUGUUCACCAGCUGGAGGAUGUGCUGGUGCUGCAGACUCUGCUGUUGGUGCCUCCUCCUCAGGGGGCAGCAGGGGGUGCUGCGGCACAGUGCUCCAUCAAGACGCUGUUGGAGGGAGGCACUGGUGGCAUUGCUGACAGUGUCUCCAAGUGGGUGUUCAGGCACAACAUGGCCCCUGAGCGACUGAAGGAAAUCCUCCAAAAGAGAGAAGACAAAGAUGCAGAGGACAAACUAGAGCAGAAGGCAGGAGAAGAAGGGACUGAUGAGAAGGAGCAGAGCCGAGACGACACAGACAGGACAGCAGAGCUGUUGGUGGCCGUGUGCCAGCGGUUCCCACACUCCCUCUCACCUGACCUGCUGUUCGCCCACUGCUGCUGGGAAUAUGUAGUGCAGUGGAACAAAGACCCAGAGGAGGGUCGAUGCUUGUGCUGCGCUGUGGAGCAUUUGAGACAGGUCUCCAGUCCACAUAUCCAGCUAGGUAUUUCUGCAAUGAUGUGGAGUACGUUCAUUGUGAAACGGUUCUCAGCAGCAGCUUACCUCAUGGAGAAGGUGGGGAAAGCACCCAAAGAUCGUUUAUGUCGACGGGAUGUCGGGAUGGGAGACAAAGCCGUGACAUGUUUCCUGGGCUGCUGUGUGCAGCUGCUGCAGAUCCUCAUGGAGGCGGACUCUGCGGUGGAGGAGGUAUCCGCUCCGGAGCUGUCUGUGGAGGAGGCGUGGUGCGGAGCAGAGGGCCCCGCCUCCAUAGCUGAGCUGGCCCUGGAGCAGAGAGGCGUUCACUACCCCCUGGUCCAACACCACUGCCUGUUUGCCUCUCUGCUACAUGCUACCAUGACCUUCAGUCUGAAGGUGAAACCACUCAGCCUGUACGACAGCAAGGGUAAGAAUGCUUUCUUCAGAGAUCUGACGACCAUCCAGCUGAUGCCCAGUGGAGACAUGGACCCAGGCCUGGUGUCAUUACGACAGGAGUUCCUCCUGCGGGUGCUGACUGGCUGGGUGCAGGCUAUAGAUGAUCCUUCCAGCUCCGCCUCUGGCGGCGGGUGCCCCCCUCUACCCUCAGGUGGCCCCAAGGCUGACUGGUGGCCCUCGCUGUGCCUGGAGCUGGGCUCCCUGCUGCAGGUCAACCCCGACAUCCUGCGACGGCACCUCGUCUGUGAGCUCUACAACCAAGGCCUGGACCUCCGGGCAGAAGAGGUGAUGUUAGAAGUGGAAGAUAAGGACGUGCUGGGCUCCCAGCUGUUGGUGCUGACCGGACAGAGGCUGAGCUACUCGCUGCUCCACAGCCAGAGCCAGACGCAGGCCGCUAUGGAGCUGCUGGCCCGCCUGCCCCCCACCCUCUGCACAUGGCUCAAAGCUAUGCUGCAGGACCCAAGUGAGCUGCGGUGCCCCCUGGUCCCCCUGUCCCAGACCAGCCGACUGGUCAGCCGUCUCAUUGAAAUCCUGCCAGAGAACCACGCACAGUACAGCCUGGCCCUGCACCUUCUGGAGGCUGUGGAGGCCCUCACCACUGAGGACUGACCCUGAGAGGGAAAACGGGAUACCCCCCACCUCCACCACCAUCCCCAUCCCCAACCCUCCUUGUACCACUUCAGAAUGUGGAUUGUGGUGAAGCCUGCUCAUAUGCAGCAAAUGAGAGACUGUCAACGAAGAGAAAGAUGACAAACGGCCUUCUCACCCUUUUCCCCUCAUCGUGGAGGAGGUUUUGUGUUUUGUCAUUCAGCUCAUGAUAAUAUGAUAGAAUCAACCUGGCAACUUACUUGUAGAAGGCAGUGACACACAGUGGGUAUGUUAGGCCUUUAAUUUUUUAAUCCAUAAUUUUUGAGCAUUUAACAAAUUGAAUACUUGUGUUAUUGAGAAAUAUUGUUUAGAGUCUAACUAUAUGAGAUGUUGUUAAGCAGUGGGGCAUGUCUUUUCUUUGUCACUUUAAACUCAUCUUCAGUCCGUUUGAUUUUAAAAUCAGAUGUCAGUGUGUGGGUGUCCCGUGUGCCAUAUCAGAGUUCUGUUUGAUCUUUCUCCUUCUUUCUUCCCUCUCACGGACAAGAGAUGUAUCAUAAAGAAAUAUGGACCUUUAUUUUUUAUUUAUAUAUGCAGACAGUACUGUACUAGCUGUGCCUGUACACCUCCUUUUCUGUAGUCCCACGUCCAGCUGCUCCCACUGGGCUGAUCCAACACAGAAUAAAGAGGUUUCUGAAAAGCUUAGAUGUUUUCAUUGUAUUGACUUUCACUGAAAACAAGUUCCAGAUAAAACUUAAUUUUUUUAUAACUCAGACACAUUUCUUCCAUACACCAUCGAUUGUAUGGGAAAGUUUACAAGGAACAGGAUUUAUCAUACAAAGAUAGGCGUUCACCAAAAUCCC